CCAAGUGGUAGCAAAAUGGGAAUGGCUACCACAUCCAUAUCUCUAUCCCCAUCAACUUUUCCCUCAGUUCUCAAACCACACCACUACCAAGUUCCCAGAACCCAGAAACCGAAUUCUCUGCCUUUCCCCUCACAAACCAAUAUUUCAACCAAAAAGACCUUAACUUUCCACCACCCACAUGAUAAAAUCAACCAAAGAAGCACCCCAGUUUGGAGAACCUAUGCAGCCUCAGUUGAAUCUGUGGUGGCUUCAGAAGCCAUCCCAAUUGAGACCACAGAGCAGAUAGUGGCUACCACUAGUGAUGAUGGUGUCUCUGUUGCCAUUUCUGUUCUCCUAUUUGUUGCAUUUGUUGGUCUCACCAUUCUCACUAUUGGGGUGGUGUACCUAGGUGUGACGGAUUUCUUGCAGAAGAGGGAAAGAGAGAGCCUUGAGAAAGAAGAGGAAGCUAACAAGAAGAAGGGUGGAAAGAAGAAGAGACUGAGAGCCAGAGCUGGGCCUAAGGGAUUUGGGCAAAAGGUUGAAGAGUUUGAGUUUGAUGCAGAUGAUUAAAAUGUAUGCACUUGCUUCCUGUAAGCAUUUCAACUUUUUUGUAAUUUGUAUUCCCAAGUUUACGGACACACUUGAAAGUAAUAUGG